AUGUAAUAUUUUUUGUUUAUAUAUUUUCCUAUAAUCUAGGCCACGCGAAUGUUAUUUAUUGAAAUGAUGAAUUUAACUGUUUUACCAUAUGUUACUGUGUUUUCUAACGUGUUAAUAUUUAAUUGUGUCAAUAGGUGGCGUAGGAUGAUGAAGAGUAGUGAUUAAAAUGACUCAACUAACCUCAACUAACCUCAAUAUAAUUGAAGCUUAAACAAAAGAGCUGAAUGAAUAAAUAUUCAUAAGACGUAUUCAAUGGCAGGAAGAAAUAAUGGAAGAGACAGAAAUAGUGGAACACUUUUAUGGAGUAUAUUUAUUGUAUUGUUUGAAUCCAAAGUACAAAGGCAGAAUUUAUAUAGGUUACACCGUAGAUCCACAACGUAGAAUUAAACAGCACAAUGCCGGUAAAAAACACGGCGGUGCAUGGAGAACUAGCGAAAGAGGUCCAUGGAGUAUGGUGUUAAUAGUUCACGGCUUUCUUAACAGUACUUCUGCAUUGAGGUUCGAAUGGGCAUGGCAGCAUCCUCACGAGAGUCGACGUUUAAAACAUGUGCCGAAAAAGAAAUCAACUGAAAAAACGAUCGAAUUUUAUUUGAUGGUUCUCUCGGAAAUGCUCAAAGUCGGACCUUGGUAUCGUUUACCUUUAACAAUUCGUUGGCUGGACGAUAACUUUGCACAAUUGUAUUCCACUUCCUUUUCACCGCCUUUACACAUGCCAAUAUGUUACGGACAAGUUCUACCACGAAAGGUUACUAACAAAAGUCCAAUAAAAGAAAAUAAUCUACUCGUUUGUUCAAUUUGUGGAUUGAUCAGUGAAAAAGACAAUUCCAUUAGGUGUAUAAAACCGGACUGUCGACUGAUAGCACAUUUAAUUUGUUUAGCUAAGCGUUUUUCUACAGACGAUCAUAUUUUACCGAUCGAGGGUACAUGUCCUACCUGUAAUACUAACGUUCUUUGGGGUGACUUGAUAAAAAAGAUGAUCGGUUGUUAUCAAGAUAUACAAAGUAAUGUAAACGAAGACGAUUGUGUGCUCGUAAUUAGUAGCGACGAAGAUUAAUCAUGAACAAUAUGCAAAUAUAUUUGUUGUGCUAGAUAAACUAUAAAUUCUACUAUACAUACUACUUUAACAUGUAAUUAGCGCACGCGCGUAUCGCGUACCGCGUACCGCGUACCGUUAUUACUUUUGUCAUACGUGAUCAAAUAAUGCUGCACAUAUCAAUCGUGCUGUC